GUACGACCGGCCUGUGCGUUACUGAGUUUAUCAAAGGGCUGCAGGAGCUGUGGAGAGCCGGUGAGGCCUGCGGAUCUGAAGCCGCGGUGUCGGUUCGGCUGCGGCGCCUGAUGACAGUGCGUCCUUACGCGGUCACACGCUGAUGUUUCAAUCGAUUACCUUGACAAUGGCAAUAACAAGAUGGCAAUCCAGCAGGCUGACAAACUGCUGAAGAAGCACAAAGAUCUUCACUGUGCAAAGGUCUUGAAGGCGAUCGGUCUGCAGCGCACAGGAAAACAGGAUGAAGCCUUCACACUCGCACAGGAAGUGGCCGUUCUCGAACCCACAGACGACAACUCUCUGCAGGCCCUGACCAUCCUCUACAGAGAAAUGCACCGGCCCGAGUUAGUGUCCAAGCUUUAUGAAGCUGCAGUCCGGAAAGUUCCAGCGAGUGAGGAGUACCACUCUCACCUCUUCAUGGCUUACGCCCGGGUCGGAGAGUACAAGAAAAUGCAGCAGGCUGGAAUGGCACUGUAUAAAAUUAUCCCCAAAAACCCAUAUUACUUCUGGUCGGUUAUGAGCUUGGUGAUGCAGGCCAUCUCCGCACGAGACGAGAAGCUCUCUCAGACCAUGUUCCUGCCGCUGGCUGAGCGUAUGGUGGAAAAAAUGGUAAAGGAGGAGAAAAUAGAGGCAGAAGCUGAGGUCCAGCUGUAUUUCAUGAUCUUGGAGCGUUUGGGGAAAUAUGUGGAGGCACUGGAGGUGGUUCAGGGGCCACUUGGAGAGAAGCUGACCAGUGAACUGCAGAGCCGUGAGAACAAAUGCAUGAUGAUGUACCGCCGUCUGGAGCGCUGGGCCGAGUGCAAUGCGCUGUCCUGCAAGCUGCUUCUGAAAAACCCUGAUGACUGGCAGUUCUACUUAUUGUACUUUGACUCUUUGUUCCACCUCAUUGAUCAGAGCUGGACGCCUCCACAUGAAGGAGCUCAUACUGCAGAAGGGGAGGUGCAUGCCUCCAUAUCCCAGGCCCUCAGCUUCAUGGAGGACCGAAUAGCCACAGAAGAAGCAAAGGAGUCCAAGCAUCUGAGAGGGCCGUACCUGGCCCGUCUGGAGCUCAUCAGACGGCUCCGGGAGCGCAGCUGUCCUGAAGCACAGCAGCUAGGUGAACCUCUUGAACUCAUGUUCCAGUUCUUUGUCAAGUUUGGAGACAAGCCAUGUUGCAUCACCGACUUGAAGAUCUUUCUGGAUCUUCUCGCACCUGACCAACAUGUGCAGUUCAUCAACAGGCUGAUGGAGGCCGUGCCUCUGUGCGCUCCAGGAGAGGAUGGUGUUGCUCUUCCAGGAGACACUCGGGCUCUUCAGAGACAUCUGUGUGUGACCCAGCUGAGCCGCAGUCUGGGUCAGCAGCACGCGCUCAACACCGAGGGCAAACUGAGCCUCAUCAAACAACUGAAGGCACAUUACCAGCACGGCUUACAGUUCGGGACGUCCUGUUUAAAAACAGAGCUACAGUUCUCUGAUAUGUACUGUCUCAUGGCGGCUCAUGUGUUUAUAGACCUGUGGCUGGAGACGGGUGAUCAGAACAUGUUGUGGCAGUGUCUGGGGCUGUUAGAGGAAGGUCUCUCCCACAGUUCCUCUAAUGCUCAGUUCAAACUGCUGCUUUUGCUUCUGUACUGUCGUCUGGGGGCUUUUGAGCCGGUGGUAGAUCUUUACUCCAGUCUCGACGCCAAACACGUCCAGCACGACACCAUAGGGUAUUUAUUGACCCGCUAUGCAGAGUCUUUGGGCCAGUUUGCUGCUGCUUCCCAGUCUUGUAACUUCUCCCUCAGGUUUUUUCACUCGAACCAGAAAGAUACCUCAGAAUACAUCAUUCAAGCAUACAAGUACGGUGCUUUUGAGAAAAUCCCUGAGUUCAUCGCCUUCAGGAACAGACUCAAUCACUCGCUGCACUUUGCCCAGGUGCGCACGGAGAGGAUGCUGCUGGACCUCUUCCUGGAAGCCGACAUAUCGUCGUCUCUAGAAGAGAGUGUAAAAUCGAUGUGUCUCUGUCCGGAAGAGGAUGACAUCCCGUGGGACAGUUUAAGGGACAACCGUGACCUGACUGUCCUCGUCAGCUGGGACCCUAAGGACCGGCACCUGAACGAGGAGCACAAGCAGCGCUCUCUAGAGGAAGACACCCUGUGGCUGAGGUUGAGGUCGCUCACGCUGCGUCUGAUUGGCUGCGUCUCUGCGCUCGCUCAUCCGCCGGCAUCACGCAACUCUGAGAAGACGACUGAAAACGGAGUAGCGGCCAAACCGUCUUCUCUACAGUCGCUGCUCUCACAGCUAGAAAACACACUAAACCAGGCCACGCAGUUCACAGAAAAACAACCGCAGCAUCAGUACCCGUUUGUGGGUCCCGUGGCUUCUCGUCUGGCUCAGGCUCUGUCCAGCGGAUGCUGUCAGUGUCAGCUCUCCUCUCUACAGAUCCCUCUGCACCUCCAGGAGCUCGAGGCCACCGGCCUGGAUGAAUCAGCAGAGCUUCAGACACAGAUUUCUAAUCUUUUCAAAUCUUUAGCAGUACAACUUCAAGACAUGUUGGAAAAAUGUAAAGGAGAUUUAUUAGAAGUCAAAGACAGUCAAAGCAAGCCGCAACCAUUUUUACUGGAGAAUCACGUCUACUUAGUUGAAACUGUUUGCAUCGUCUUAUGGGUGUCUAAUUACUGUGGAAGUGUCCUCCGACCCUUGAAGUCCAGUUUACAGAAGAAGAAGAAGAAGAAAAAAGAAGCCAGCACUGUAACGCCUCCGGUGCUCUCGGCCUAUCAGGAGUUCAGCAGCAGCUUGCAGAGUCUCCUCAAUCAGGCGCUGGAGCACAUCAAGAGCCAAGAGAUCAGCCUGACGGCGCUGAAGCUGGGAGCCCUCAGUCUGGAGGCACAAACCCUGUCUGAGGCGGAAGCGACCUUCACACAGACAGCCAUGGAAAAGGUUCAGAGCAGCUACCUGCGCUCGCUGCAGGAGAUCGGGGAACUGUUGAAGAAGAGAGCGGACACGUUAAAAUCCCUCAAAAUAUGAGCGCUCCUUCGAUCCGGUCCUCGGCCCCUAACGCAUCCUCUCGUCUCAGUCUGUGAACUCUGCUGGUCUCGUCUCCUUUUCCUAUUUAUCUGUCUCAUUACAACAGCUUCAGCACAGACAUCAACGGUGCUCUGCACAGCACUUUUAAGUGGAAACGUAACCUUCAUGUCCCUAGCCAAAACUACAUAGGCAAAUGAAAAUAAGCAAUUUUAGAAGUUCUGCUAUAAAUUAUUGUACAUAGUGUGAAGAGAGAGAAUAUCAACGAGAACUCCUUGGCAAAUUAAAGUGACCUACUUUUGUCUUUU